AUGGCAAAGCGUUAUCUCGACAGUAACAGCUCGUCGAGCUCGAGUUCGAGCGCGAGCUACGCCGACUCGGACUCUGGGUCCGUCGUCAUGGUCUCGGACUCGAGCCGCGCCUCGGGCUACACCAAGCGCUGCAAGGUCGGCCAGGCAGCGACCAGCCGCACGUCCGCCCCGAUGGCCGCAACGACCGGCCCCAGGCCCCAGUCCAAGCCCGCCACGGCGGCCAAGAAGCCGACGACGACGAGCCCCACCAAGCCAACCACCUCGCCCAACAACAAGCGGCGCAAGGCCUCCUCGGCGCCGUCGCACGCGCGCAUCCCGUCGCUCGCAAAGGCGCGCCUCGCCGAGAUGAUCGUGCUCCGCGGCGCUGUGGCCGCACUGAGCGACAUUGGCGCCAUUGCCGCCGAGACCGGCCUCUCCCGUACCCAGGUCACGUCGCAGCUCGCGGAUAACCGGCGCAACGUGCGCAAGAAGCUCGUCGAGUACGCGCGCAGCCUCAACGACGAGGCGGUGUGA